AUGGAAGAACCUGCAAAUUCUCCUUUAGAUAACCAAGAUAAAGAUGAUAGCCCCAUCGUUAAUACAAUAAUGGAUACAGAUAAAUUUGAUGUUCUAGAAUACCAUAGACGAAAUGAAUUAUUUGAAUCAAGAAUUACUGAUGGUAAAAUACCAAAUGAUCCACAUCCAUAUGAUGCUUCUAUAUUUGCAGAGAAUGAUUUUAUUGGUAAAAAUCAUCGAAGAAUAAAAAUGGAUCCAGAUGAAAUUGAUAGGUAUGAAGGAUAUUCAAAACCAGUUUCAUCAAUAGUUGUUCCUAAUUUUUGGCCAUCAAGAAGCUGGGACAAACCAGAAUAUUUGCUCAGUGCUCAAAAAUCACUUGAAUUGCAAGAAAAAAUUAAGGAACUAAAUAAGAUUGCAAAGAAAGAUGAAUAUGAUUAUGGAAAUUAUAGCACACUUGCAGAGCCACUUUGCCCUGAUAAUUCUGCUGAUAAUGAAGAUUUGAAAGAUCAUAUUCUAACAUUUUCAAUGCUUGACCAUGGAACUGAUGAUAGCACUGAUACAGAUAUUAUCUAA